CGUGACUAAACCGGCACCUACAUCCAGCUGGGCUCAUCCCUUUAACGCCGGAUCCCCACGCCCCCCUCUGCGCCCAAUGGGACGGAGGCAGCCGCGACCUUUCCUCCGGAAGCUGCGCUGUGUGCGGGCGCAGUGGAGCCGUGGGGGGAGGAGGGUGUUGUGUGCUGGCGUAGCGGUGGCGGCCGGCGUUGGGCUGAGGAUGGCGGUGUCGGUGGAGCAGGCGAUGCUGGAGGAGGAGGUUAAUGAGUCGGAGGUGUUGGAAAUCCUUCUCCCGGUCACUGUGUUUGUGCUGAGCGAUGAUGAGUUCCUCCAGGUCCAGGAGCAGGCGAUGCUGGUCCCGGAGCUGAUGGAGGAGAAGCAGGAGGUUGUUGGGAGCUGCUGCUUGUCCGAAGGCGGCCUGAGGCCCUUAUGUGAUAGUGAGGGUUUAGAUGUUUGGGAGGAGCACAGUGGGACUGCGAAUCAGAACGGCAGUACGCAGUACACCGAAGAAGAAUGGAUCCCUGAGAGUAUGUGUAACAAUUCCAAGUUAACUAUAAGCAAUGGGAUAAGCAAGGAUGAACAGAGUCACAGUGCUGCUGUGCCGACGUCGCCAUGUCAAACAGAGCUGGCAAAGAUGAGUAAAGUGAGUGGCAGGAAAGAGUGUAAUGAUAAUGAUGCUAUCCCAAAGAUUCCUCUCCUCUGUGCUGCUGACAGUGAGGACAGAGAUAAGACCACCGACCACUUGGUGUUACCAGCAGUGUGUGGAGAUGAAGAACUUUCCUGUGUUCCGGGUGUUCUUAAUGAUGAAAGCCAAGAGAAGCAACCACAAGUGCAUGAGGAGAUGGGGACAGCCCUUGAAGUGGAAGACGCCGAUUCUUUGCAGAAUGGAAAUAAUGACACGAACGGCAAAACAAAUAAGGGAAGCAAAUCUGAAGAUGAAACUCCAGGUUCUGUUUUGCAGCACGAUUUCAAAGAAGGACCAGAACUGGAUUCUGAUCGGUUUAUUCACAGGGGUUCUACUUCAGAACUGCAAAAAGAUGGAGGGAAACCGGAGAGCAACGCUUCUAUUUCUGCAGUGUCGGCUACUCCUGAAGAGCAUAUUUAUAAGUCAUUAACACCGUUUUCAAAGAAAAGGUGUCGACGGCGACGUAUCAUUUCUUCUCGUGAAAGUGAAACUAAGGGCCAGCAAGAAGAUUUAGCAUGGCUAAGUAAUAGCAUGAACAUCAAACCUCUCCCUAAAGCAUCCUGUUCUACAAAUAAGCGUGGUAAGAUCCAUUUUAAUUGCAAAUUUUGUAGUUCUGUGUAUAAAAGCUCCGCGCUUCUGAAGAGACACGUUUAUUUGGCUCAUAAAAAGAAAAGAAAACAUAAAUGCAGCUUUUGUAAGAAAACCUUCUUCUUUGCUGUCAACCUGAAGAAGCACCUUAAGCUCCAUAAGACGGCUAAGUUACAAAAGGAAAGGAAAAAUAGGAUGAGCGCUAGAAAAGUGAGGCAAAGAACUGAAGAAAGGAAGUCGGAAAGGAAGAAAAGAGAAAGCAAAUAUGAGAAAUACUUCAUGAAAAUGGAAAGAGAUUUUACGUCUCUGGGCGUUCCAGUUAUUUUUUCCUGCAAAACUUGCUAUUUUGAUUCAUCCAAUCCGAAGACUUUUAUUCAUCACAUGAGGGCGCAUAAAGAGAGACCACCUUACUGGUGUCCUCAGUGUGAUUACUCCAGCUCUAGCUUAUCUUAUCUGUUAAAUCACAUGUACUGGCAUGCUGGGUAUAAGCUGUACAAGUGCAGGUUCUGCACCUUUUUUUCGCUGUAUUUUUCCAGCAUGGUUAAGCAUAGCUACAUGCACGCAGGGCCUAAACCAUAUUCCUGUGAGUACUGCCAGUCUACAUUUACAAGCAUCAACGGGUUAAAGAGGCACAGAAGGUUACAUGUGAGUGAAGAAACCUGCAAAGUCGACUUUGGAAAUGGAAGAAAGAGAACUCGGAGAUCUUCAAAGAGUUAUGCAUGUGAUGAAUGUAAUGUACUGUUUUACAGCAGAGGUCAUCUCAAUUCUCAUAAGAAAUGUCAUAAGCAGCAUAAGGUGAGUGCUAAUGGUUAUAUGAAUCAGAGCAGUGAAUAUCGUAAAAGCAAAAGAUGCAAAAUUGAAAGUGAUUCUAAGGGCUGUGUUCCUGUACCUCUUUCUGAUGAAGAUGAUGAUCUCGCUGGGGGAGUGUGUAAAACUCUAGUGCCAGAAAUAGACUUUGUGCGGGCAGGUGAUGUGCAGGGCAGUAAGAAGAGGUGCCCUCGAAGGGCAUUCACCAAAAACAGCCAUGUGAGGAACAUUGCACCUAUUUUUGGGGGUAGAUCAGAAGUUCUGGAUUUGUACAAAAUGGACACUGUAGUUUACAAAGAAGACCCUGAAACUUCUCAUUCACAAAUUCAAGACACUAAAAACAGUGGUUCGUAUUAUAAGCCCGAGGGUAUGUGGCCUUCCAGUUUGUCUAUGUUCAAACUGUACAAGUGCAAACACUGUGAUUAUGCUACCACUGUUCAUAGCAGCUAUAAGCAGCACCUUAAAGUACAUACCAAAAAAGGACCGUUUGUGUGUCAGGAGUGCAAUAAGACCUAUAAAACUUCAAACCGCUUGCAGAGACACAGGCAGCUUCAUGUAAAGGAUGAAUAUGAAGUCAGCCAUUACUUCUAUGCAGAUAGCCAUCUGGACAAUCAUGGAUUUCAUCAUGAAAUGCAGGUAGGCACAUAUCCAGAAAGGGAUUUUGGCUCUUCACAGGGUUUCAGUGGAGUUUGUUCGAUGCUUGCUUCAGAAACGUAUGGAGAACAGGCAGAUACCAAGAGGGAUAUAGAUGAUUUGCUAUCACAGAGUCAGCCGCGAUUCUAUCAGUGUGUGGAGUGCGAGUACUCUACUUACGUUUUAAGCAGCCUCAGACUACACAUAAGAACUCACACAGGUGAGAAACCUUACAGCUGCAGUGUUUGCCAAAAGGAGUUCCGUACCUCCAGUCACUUGAAACGGCACCAAGUCCUGCAUUGCAAUACGGAGCAUUUCAAGUGCAGGAAGUGUGACUAUUCAACAAACAAAUGGCUGUCCUUAAAACAGCAUCUGGCUUCACAUGCAGUGAACGAAAGCUCAUCUGCUGAUUAUAUCUACGAACAAAAUACGCUACCUGUCAAAACAUACACGUGUGAAGAGUGUGGCUAUACCACAUUUCACAGUGGAAACUUCAAGCAGCAUCGGAGAAUUCACACAGGAGAGAAGCCAUUCAAGUGUGGGCAGUGUGGUGUUGCUUUCCGCACGUCCGGCCACCUGAAGCGCCACUUGCUGACUCACGUGAAGUUUCACUGCAGUAAGUGUGAUUUUUCUGCAGUAGAUAAAUGCGUUUUCCAAAAGCACGUAAAAACGCAUAGAAAGAAUAAAAAGCAAAAGCGCACUCAGCAAGUGUGAUGUGACGUUGUCCACUGGGAAGCUUCUAGAAAAUCAUAAGUAGCAAUAUAAUUUUAGGACGUAAGCUUGGGAUUUGUAAGCUGAUGCUCAGUUCUAGAGAGCUGUGCGUGUCCCAGGUUUGUUUAUAUCUGUACAUUUCCUUGCUGUACCUAGAAAAGUGGCUGUUAGUGGACAAAGCCAAUGUUUUGGUCAAGAGUGGAAUUCAGAGUUCUGUUUCACUCCAGGUUCUGCUGUGAACUUGUUUCUUGUGGAGGCUGAGCUUGAGAUGGAAGCCCCUCUUCAUGCCUGUGUAGCUGUUCUGUUCUGUAAGGUCAGAAUUACGUAUAUUCUUCAGCAUGAACAGUUCAGUGCCACUUACUUUUGUGCUUAAAAACAAGUCUAACUGCAGGAAUGUUUAAAAGGAUGGAUGAAAGUGCACACUGUAUCGUAUAGUAGUCAUUUUUUUUCAGUUAAGAAUUCUUAGUGCGAUUUGAAGCUUACUCCCAUCUGCUCUAAGUUGUGCUCCUUGCUGCCAGGAUCUCCUGUAAUACGAGAGAACAAAUUAGUGUCUCACAAAAUAAUAAUGUCAUCGCUGGUUAAAUGUGCUACAGAAGUAUCUUCUGUAUGCGUGUAAAUGUGAAGUGGUUUUUAGAUAGUUCAUUAUGUCUGUAGCUGCUCCUGGUAAUUCUUUGAGUAGUCUCACAGGAAUAGUAGUGUUUCCCUUAAAGUAUUGUAAAUUAUUAAGUUAAUCUUCACAAACUUUGUGGAGAUGGCUAAGGUUACUUUUAGUAUGAAAUGCCUUGUCUUUUCUCAGGCUAGUAACUGCUGUAGUCUUUGUUUCUGAAAAUACUCUAUGUCUUUCUGUUAGAAGAGCACUUCUGCUCAUGUAUUUGCUGACACUUGAGAUUGAAAAUGCUAUCACAGAAUCCUUAAGGUUGGAUAAGACCUGUAAGAUUGUCUGAUCCAGCCUUUGAACUGUAAAACUUACAUUGUUAAAAAGGUUUGCUGUGCAUGUAGAAUACAUCUAAGGACCACUCGUGGCAAACUGCAGUUGUAUCACGUGGUAAAGAUUCUUUCUUCCAACUUAUGUUAAAGUUGAGACAAAUAUUGGCAUGUUUUACAGUGAUGUUCUUGAAACUGGGCAGCAGUGAAUGUGUGUUCAGUGGUAUUUAUGAAAGCAUCGUUACCCUCUUGUGUGAGAAAAGAAUACUGCAAAGGAGUGGCGAUCGUUUCUCCUAGUGUUACAGUUCAUCCCCUGAAACAGCAGCAGAAGCCUGCAGCUUAAUUUAGAGAAUUUAAAUGUGAAUUUACCAUUGCUUUUAUUAUUGCCCUCAAACCUAACGAUUUUCUUUUAUAAGCACAGAUAAUAUUUUGCAGUGGCUCUCUGGUAAUGCAGGAAAACCAUUUUCCAGUGGCGGAUGGAAGCUCAUGAUUGAUGUUCUGAUUACAAGCUGGGUGGGCACUGCUUGGAAAGGAGAGAACCACGAAGACUGAGCCAACCAGCUGACACAGUUGUAAGAAACAACUCCAAUAGGGAUAGAUGGAGGUGUUCCUGGAAAGCAGAGUCACUAUUGUACAGAUACGGAGGGUUUAUUUUAACCUUGGUUCUGCUCAGGAGAAGAAAGCCCUACAAAAGAACAGAUGCAAAGAAUCAUUGAAAUGAAUUGGAAGCCUGCGUAUGUGUAAGGCUAGGGAAACUAAAUCUGGUGCAAAGUGAUGUUUUAUAAUGUGUUGUACGUACACGACGAAUCUACAUUUGUAAAGGGUUUGUAAAGAGCACAAGUUUCAUUUAGUUGCAUGUAGGGGCAACAAGAUACUUGCAGGUGGAAUGUAAGGUUGUGAAACAUGUUUUCAGCUGGUUGCUGCUAUUAAGUAAUGAAUGUAUGUUGUAACUCUGGGGGCAGAAAUGAUUCUGUAUCUUCCACCUCAGAGUUGUUUGGAGGGCGGAGGUGUGCUCAUUUUUAAAAUAAAAGCAUAUUCUGCUUUGU